GAAAGGAAAGCGAGCGAGGGAGGACACACGCCUCCCCUCCCCGAGUCACACGCCUUCCUCCAUGCGCAAAUGAAAACUCCGGCAGCCUGGUGAACUUCUCCACUGAGUGACAGGAUCUUAUCGCGCCGUGGACUGGGUCUGAUGGACGUAUCAUCGUGUGGGAUUCAGUCAAGGUGUGCCGCUAUGGGACCCGUGCAGCUAUGAAAGCUAAAGUGUCGCCCAGUCCUGUGUUUCCUAUUCAUAUAAAAAGGCUUUUGAGUCUUGCGCGAUGGAGGCUGGACGGAGAGUGGGACGAGGUGAUGGAACCCUCUGUGCGCUUUGGAGACCGAGGAUGCGUGUCUAAAAGUGGACAGACUGGGGUCAGUCAUGGAGACUGAGCUGAACUGCAGCUCCCACUGUGACUCUUCAUUAUGCUUCAUCCACCCCGGAGUCAACAGGCAGCAGGGCCUGGACAUUCUGCAGAGACUAUGCAGUGUCAGCACGAUGGCGGUGGAGCUCCCAAAGCGACCGCUCUCCCCUGUGUUGAGUGCCGUGGUGUGGACACUGCUCUCCUGUGGCAUCCUGCUGGCUUUGUGCUUCCUCCUCUUUACCCUGCGCUUCAAAAACAACAGGAUAGUGAAGAUGUCCAGUCCCAACCUGAAUCUCCUGACUCUCCUCGGGAGCCUUCUAACCUACAGCAGCGGCUUCCUCUUUGCUGUAGACGAACGAGGACAGUCACACGGUGGACCGUCCUCGGCUGUGCUCCAAGCUCGGAUGUGGACUCUUUGUGUCGGCAGUACUCUGGUGUUUGGCCCUAUUUUGGGGAAGACGUGGAGACUGUACAGAGUGUUUACGCAGCGAGUGCCUGACAAGAGAGUGAUCAUCAGGGACAUCCAGCUGAUGUGCAUGGUGGCUCUGCUGAUCCUGGUGGACAUGCUGCUCCUCACGGCGUGGAACCUCACAGAUCCCAUCAGGUGUUCACGAUCUGUCUGGGCUUUUGUCAAGGUGGAGGAUAAAGACAUCUCCUACUCUUUGUCUCAGCUCGACUCCUGUUCCUCUGUAUACUCGGAUCUGUGGCUUAUCAUUAUUGCUGUUCAGAAGGGUGGUCUUCUCCUCUAUGGCACUUAUCUGGCUGGACUUACCAGCAACGUUAGCCACCCUCCGGUCAACCAGUCUCCCACCAUUAUAACUGCCGUCACCCUGGUCACCCUGUCCUCGGCCGUGGCCAUCCCUGUGUCGGUCUUCCUCAAGUCCUGGCCCAACCUGGUCUACAGCACAGUGGCCGGAGCCAUUUUGAUCUGCACACUUGCUACUAACUGCAUGUUGUUUGUGCCUCAGCUCACCCAGUGGCGGCAUUUCGAGGAGGAUCAGAACAACCCGAAUCAGAUGGCCAAGUACUUCAGCAGCCCCAGCAGGAGCCAGCCGUCUGUGUACAGCCAGGACGAGAUCUUCUACCUGGUGGGAGAGAACAACUCCAUGAAGAAACUCCUCAACGAGAAAAAUGCUGUGAUCGACAGCCUCCAGGAGCAGGUGAACAGCGCCAAGGAUAAACUGCUGCGACUCAUGUCCACCAGCCGAUCGUCCACCGCUGACCCAGACCUGGACUCGUCCGCCACCAACCUGAACUCCUCCUCCACUCACACCACAGAGAUUCAGUCUGAUUCUUCUCUACCUCAGGGAGACUCUAAAUCCCCCCUCCAUCUCCUGACUGCUGCCGUCACUCCGCCUUCUGAGCAGCCCAGUGCUCCAGAACCCUCAAAACCCUCUGCUCGUCCUGAUGAUGUGCAAGGGGUUAUAAAUCUGAGCUCUGCAGACAAAAGUGCAGCCGAGUUCAGAACAGGGGAGGACAUCAAGCAGGCCGCGUCCCGCCCCUCCUCAGGAAUACUCAGGUCGGCCGAGGAGACAGUCCAUUUUGUCACCUCACUUCAGUGCCAUAAAGGAAUGAACCCAUUCCAGGUUGGAGCUUUUGGCGAUCGCUGUGCACUGUCGUCUCACGUGGGACCAAGUGGCAGACUGGUUGGUUUUGUCAGCAGCGAGAAGCUGCAGGAGAUUCUGCAGGAGCUGAGCGUAGACGCCGUGGUGGAGACGGCGCUUCGAUCCCCCGGCCACACAGGCCGGACGCCGUCUCAGCCAAACUUCACGGACGCCUCCACACUCCCCCCCCCCUCCCUGCGGACACCGCGCUCCUCUCACCCACCGCUUCUCCGCCCUAGAAUUUCCCCCUAUGCAAUGAGGAAACGCCGGCCGCCUUUCCACGCACCCAGACGAGGUCUGACCCCUCCCUGCUUCUACACGGGCCGUGGGGUCAUAAGGGAAAGCUGUGAGCAGCAAAAUCCAUGCGAGCGUCCUGAUAGAGCGGCCGUGGACGCCGCCCUCCUCCAGGUUCACAGCGACGGCCUUGAGCUGGAGGACGACAAAGAGGAGGAUGCAGAGAGACAUGGAGUGAUAGGAAAAUGUCAGAGGUGUGUUUACAAAUGUGCAGACCUUCAUUGUUCAGAGCGCGAUCACACGGCGCCACCUGAUGUGAAAGCGGGCGGUGAUGAUACGCAGCGCCGCAGGCACAUGCGAGACUCCUGCGGCUACUGGGACUCGGACUCCAGCAGCUCCACGGACUACUGCUACUACCAUCGGCCCUACUGCGAGUCCUGCCUGCAGCGGGGCUCGCUCCUGUCCUCCGACAGCUCCUCGGACUCCUCCGACAGCGAGUACGAAGGCUUCGCCGGCCUCUACCGCUCCCCACACCCUGUGGUGUUCAAAGAAGACCUCAAACCCACCUUUGUAUGAGCACAGCGAGACGGCACUUUACAGGUUGCUCCACUUUCGCCACUUGAAUUCAGCCCAGUAGGCCUAAAACUCAUGUGCACUAACUACGGGAGAUUUUUGACUAGCUAUCAAAAGUAAUGUGUUUGCGUUCAGUUAGAAGAAAGGCUUUGUCUUCUUAAAUCUUAUCUGAUUAAAACUCUUACAUUCCAAACAAAUCUGACGUUUAGAGUAAAAUAAAAAACAGAGCAAAACAGAAAGUACUUAAAGGAUUUUGCAAACCACUACAAAUGCGCACAGUAUUAACAUGGUUAACAUUAAAACAUAUGCUAUAUUUAUUUUAUUAUUUAUUAGUACAUGUUCUGAACUACAGUUUGCAUUUUGUUGUUUUUCUUUAUAUUGAAAUGCCAUUUAACAUUUACUGUGGUGUAUUUUCCAUCUCUUGAGGCACCGCGCCCUGUCUGACUGAGCACCCAGUGAAACCCACUGCUCUAUUCCCAGUGUUGGUGUCCUGAAUCAUUUAGAGUAUUUCAUGUGCAAAAGUAAAGCAAAGUAACUGAAAUGUCUCUGUCACACUGAGCUUGUGUGAGUGUGGGGAAAGAUCCUCCUUAAAUCGUGUGCUUUUAUUCUUUAUCUUCUGCUGUUUUACUAUGCAGGGGCCACCACAGAGAGGAAAGGGAGUAAGUAACGUGUUGCAGGCCUGGUUCAACCUGUGUGGUGGCCAUGUGAGCAAUAAUGAGCUCCUCUGCCGUUAUCUCUGGCAGAGACAAGCCGCAUUUUCCCAGCUGGUACAGCCUUGACUUGAAGUUAACUUAACUGAAGUUGACUGUCUUUCAUCUCCAUGUAAACCAUUAUCAUCCUGGCAAAAGAAUAAUUGCCAUUCUCUAUGUGAUUUGACUUCAAACGUCACCAAAAUACCCCCUGAAGACAGAUUUGGGUGUUUUUCAUGACAUCCCUGCACCACAGAUGAAAGCAGACCUUUGCUUUUCUCCUCUUUCACUUUAUAUUCCUCCUUACCCAUCUCUUUGUCAUCCCCUCCCACUAUCUCCACUCUGUCUCUCUGUGUAUUUUUUCUUUCUCUAAUUGGAAAAUGUGUGUUUGCCGGGGGAGGUGUUGCUGUGAAGGGAAAACAGUGACUUGCAUUACUUCUGCUCUGCUGCCUGUUUUUGAGAUGUUCCUGCUGUCUGUUCAGCAUUUGAACCACUGAAGAGCAGCUUGGAAGAAAUUCCCUUUGAUAUAGGGCAUAAAAGAGUAAAAAUAAACCACAAAGGCUUACUACCAGCAACACAGCACUGGAGGAAAUACUUUCCAUUCAAGACAAGAUAAUUGACCUGCAUUGUGCCUAAUCUGAGGAUUAAGAAAUGGUGGAAAGAAUAUGGUUAAUAAAUUAUUUACUAAUGUUUUGUUUUGCUAUUAAAAGUAAUUAAUAAGAA